GUGUUUGAUAUAUACUCCCUGGGUCCUAUCUGUAUAAUCUGUGUUUGAUAUAUACACUCCAUGGAUCCUAUCUGUCUAAUCUGUGUAUGAUGUAUACUCCCUGGAUCCUAUCUGUGUAAUCUGUGUAUGAUAUAUACUCCCUGGAUCCUAUCUGUGUAAUCUGUGUAUGGUAUAUACUCCCUGAGUCAUAUCUGUAUAAUCUGUGUAUGAUAUAUACUCCCUGGGUCCUAACUGUAUAAUCUGUGUAUGAUAUAUACUCCCUAGGUCCUAUCUGUAUAAUCUGUGUAUGAUAUAUACUCCCUAGGUCCUAUCUGUAUAAUCUGUGUAUGAUAUAUACUCCCUGAGUCCUAUCUGUAUAAUCUGUGUAUGAUAUAUACUCCCUGAGUCCUAUCUGUAUAAUCUGUAUAUGAUAUAUACUCCCUGAGUCCUAUCUGUAUAAUCUGUGUAUGAUAUAUACUCCCUGGGUCCUAUCUGUAUAAUCUGUGUAUGAUAUACACUCCCUGAGUCCUAUCUGUAUAAUCUGUGUAUGAUAUAUAUUCCCUUGAGUAAAGGUACUACGCCCAUAUUUCCUAAUUAAAUAAACUCUAUCCAACAGUCUGUCCUCAAACCCCAACCUAACAGGAUUAGAAUUAAAACAAUAAAUCUAUUUUAAAAUUUUGUCAUAAAUUGUGUAACAAUUCAUUUAAGAAUUUUGCUGUGCAGGGGGGGGGGCUUGUCAUGGGGUAUAGGCUCACGACGAAAAAUAUUCGAUGGUGAUCGCUUCUAAUCUUACUCUUAAAAUCUUAAAAAUUUGCUCCUCAUGUAGCUUGUAGAUAAGAUGGGGAACAAGCAGACCAUCUUCACAGACGAGGAGAUAGAGAACUACUUGGAUACUACAUUUCUCAACAGAAAGGAGUUUUUGAGAAUUUUGCGGAGAUUUUUGGAGCUUCAACCUGGAUAUAAGAAAGGUAUUCUUCAAAAUGUAUUAUUUUUUAUUACAAUUUCGUUCACUAUGUCAAAAACUUUCCUUUAUCGAAAAUAUGUGUCCAUGCAUCAAGAAAAUACCUUUCGUAAAAAAUCUAAUCGAAUAUGUCUGGAUAUCUCUGAACUAAGCAGGUGUCCUGAACUCAGAGAAAAUCCGUUCCGGAAACGAAUUUGCAAAGUGUUCUCUAAGGAUGGAUCAGGGAACCUGGAGUUUAAUGAGUUUGUUCAGAUGUUCUCCUGUCUCUGUGAAAACUCGCCGAGGGAGCUGAAACUACACUACGCUUUCUCCAUAUAUGAUAUAGACGGGGACGGGUAUAUCAGCAAACAGGAUAUACAGCAGGUUGUUCAGCUAGUUUCCCAGGGUGAGUUAAACAGCACUGAACUUGAGGCAGUCUGUCGUCAGGUCCUUGAAGAGUCUGAUUUUGAUGAUGACGAGCAGCUGAGUAAAAAUGAGUUUACACAUAUUGUGGAUAAAUCCCCAGACUUCUUCACAACAUUCAAUAUUAGGAUUUAAACAAGAUCAAAAUCACUUCAAAAUAAAGUGAAGUUAAUUUAUGAUUCAUAAUCCCUAUUUUGAAAAGCUUAAGAGGAGAACAAAACUGUUUUGAAAAUUUUAUACGUUAUGUGACCGGAAACAGUUUCUUAUGCGUAAAAUCCAAACCAGGGAGCUAGGAGGGCACAAAGUCGUGCUAAUAUUGUGGCAUUUAUUUGACCUUCCUCUGUUUGGUUCAGUGUGGAAUAUAAAUCCUUUCAAAACAAAGGUUCGUCUGUUUCAAUUUAAACUUUCCUUUGCUUCUAAUUAAGCUGCCUGGAGCUUGACAUGAGCCUGCAGGAUAUGACGCUUUGACUGUACAUCUGUAGGUUGAUCGUUGAUUAAAAUAAUAUUAGCUGUUCCUAUAUAAAUGAUCUUUAAGUAACUGAAUAGUUUCCACUUCUUUAAUUGUCUAAUUACUAUAUUUGUACAACUCGAUGGUGUAAACCUUAGAUAUUUCAAACUAUGGUUAUUAGAGUUCAUAGUUUGAAAUAUCAAAGGUCUACGACAACAGGUUGCAUAGAUAUGAGGUUAAAGAAAAUUGUAGCAAGUGUUCAGCUUCUUAGUUUUAGUUAGUUAUGUAUAAAUAGUAUCUUAU